AUGGUGUGUGGUGUUUGGGUGCAGAAGUUAGCUGAAAAUGCUGGUGAUUAUAAUUUGUCCUUGUUAUUUUUGAUGUCUAACAGCAUUAAUAAAUUCUGUUUUCUGAGUUUCCCUGAUUGUGAAUCACAAGGAGGACGUUUUGUUUGUCCUCAUUGUCCAAUUGUGAAGCCAGGGUUCCUGGACCACCAAAGGCAGAGAGUCCUCAGUUUCACAUAUCUGGUGUCUGUUGUUUCAUCACAGAUUACAAGCUCAGGAAUAUACAACUUUUACAUUGAGCGUGAGGUGCUGCAUAAUGCUCAUCAUCAAAUAAGUAGUGGUCCCACUUCCAUAUACACUCACAUUUACUCAACUCUUUUGUUCAUCAUUUGA